AUGCUCCUCUUCGGGCUCCUCCUGCUGACAUCCGCCCUGGCCGGCCAGAGACCUGGGACCCGGGCUGAGUCCAACCUGAGCAGCAAACUCCAGCUCGCCAGCAACAAGGAGCAGAACGGUGUACAAGAUCCCCAGCAUGAGAGAAUUAUUACUGUGUCUACUAAUGGAAGUAUUCACAGCCCAAGGUUUCCUCACACUUAUCCAAGAAAUAUGGACUUGGUAUGGAGAUUAGUAGCAGUAGAAGAAAAUGUGUGGAUACAGCUCACAUUUGAUGAGAGAUUUGGGCUUGAAGACCCAGAAGAUGACAUAUGCAAGUAUGAUUUUGUAGAGGUUGAAGAACCAAGUGAUGGAACCAUUUUAGGGCGCUGGUGUGGGUCUGGCAGUGUGCCAGGAAAGCAAAUUUCUAAAGGAAAUCAAAUCAGGAUCAGAUUUGUAUCUGAUGAGUAUUUUCCCUCGGAGCCCGGGUUCUGCAUCCACUACAACAUUGUCAUGCCACAGCUCACAGAAACCGUGAGUCCUUCCUCGCUGCCCGCCUCAGCCUUGCCACUGGACCUCCUGAAUAACGCCGUCACUGCCUUUAGUACCUUGGAAGACCUCAUUCGGUAUCUUGAACCGGACAGAUGGCAGUUAGACUUAGAAGAUCUCUACAGGCCCACUUCUUUGCAACUGCUGGGCAAGAAUUUCGUGUUUGGAAGAAAAUCCAGAGUGGUGGACCUGAACCUGCUCAAGGAGGAGGUGCGGCUCUAUAGCUGCACACCCCGCAACUUCUCCGUGUCCGUCCGGGAGGAGCUGAAAAGGACCGACACCAUCUUCUGGCCGGGCUGCCUCCUGGUGAAGCGCUGUGGCGGGAACUGCGCGUGCUGCUUGCACACCUGCAGCGAGUGUCAGUGUGUUCCCAGCAAGGUCACCAAGAAGUAUCACGAGGUCCUUCAGUUGAGACCCAAGACAGGCGUCCGGGGGCUGCAUAAGUCACUCACGGAUGUGGCCCUCGAGCACCAUGAGGAGUGUGACUGCGUGUGCAGGGGGAACCCUGGGGGAUAA